AGGACUUCUUUGAAAUGAGCGUGGCACUCAACGUGCUAUACAGGGUGUAACAUAAAUACACGACUAAACUUUAACAAUGAAUGCACAGUUGACGUAGUUUCAAAAAUGAUUCAUUUCUGAGUUGCCAAACAAUCACUAUGUUAACAUUUUCUAACAUGGAAUUUUCCAAAUGUCAUUAACCUUAAAUAAACCAAUAAAUGGAUAUUCAUUUUUUCAAUUUUGAACAUACUCGUAAUUAUGAUUAUGAGAUAUUUAGUAAAAUAAAUCGAACAUGUUUGCAUAUUUGAAAAUGAUUUCUGUCAUUUUAUGUUUGCGUUAAAUUAGCCAAUCACAAAAGACGCUUAAAGAGUAGUGCACUGGUUUAGCGUAGAGUCCUGCAAAUGGAAGAGACAAUAAACUCGACAAAUAGUUCUGUUCGAUACAAUUUUCUACAAACAUCUAACAAAGCUUUUUCUUUAUUUACAAGAUUAAUUGUAUUAAAACAUUGACAGAAUGCAGGGUACAAUAAUAGAAAACUUAAGCGGCAAGAAACUUUCGGUAUUAGUAAUUAUGCUUAUUAUUGCACAAAUUGUAUGCUUUUUAAUAGGCGGCCUCAUAGCACCUACACCUGCUACAAGCCAAAAUAUAUUAGGUACACCUUGUGAAGAUAUAAGAAUUAAUGGAACUGAACCAGGUGCAGGAAAAUGGUUUUAUUCAAGAGGCAAAGGUUCUUGUACUUAUGUGGAUAUAAAUCAUUUUAGUUUGGAUAGUCAUCAUCAAGCACAUCAGGUGGUUUAUACAUUUCUGAUGCCUGGUCCACGUGGUAACUUGCAAUUGGAUUAUUCUAGAUGGCAACAAAAUCUUAUAGGAGUUUUGCAGGUGGAUAUUGUAUAUCAUAGUCAAAUUCAAAUUGCACCUAGAACUAAAAUAACUCUGGAUGCAAGACUUGCUUAUAGAAAUAAAGAAGAUCCUGAAGAUGCAUGGAAACCAUAUGCUUCUUCUAUAAUAGAAAGAAUCUUGGAUUGUAGCAUUGAUGAUGCCAUGGAACAAUAUAACUAUAAUUGUAGUGUUGUACCUUUGUUUGAAUUGGGAUCAUUAUUUCAUGACUAUUAUUUAUUAAAUAUUCGUAUUCCUGCUGAUACUGAUAGAAACAUUAAUCAAGGUUUAGGACACAUAACAGAUUUAUGGCUUACUGCUAUUAAUCAAAAUGGUGGCUUUACAAAAGUAUGGGUAAGUCUUAAAACUGUUUUCUUCCCGAUUGUGAUCUGUUUUUUGAUAUGGUAUUGGAGAAGAGUUCACAUGUUAUCAAGAUUACCUGCACUUUUGGAAUAUAUGCUCUUGGCUUUAGGAAUGGCUUUAACAUUUUUAAAUUUACCCAUGGAAUAUUUAACUCUCGCAUACGAUAUGCCAUUUAUGCUUCUGUUGGGUGAUAUCAGACAAGGAAUAUUUUAUGCAACACUUUUAUCUUUCUGGCUUGUUUUUGCAGGAGAACAUCUUAUGAUUCAGGAGGGUGAUCAAAGGAAUUCCUUAAAAUGUUAUUGGCGUCAUCUUUCUGCAGUGGGCAUAGGGUGCUUAUCGUUAUUCAUCUUCGAUAUGUGUGAACGUGGAGUACAAUUAAGAAAUCCAUUUUAUUCAAUAUGGGUAACAGAUGUCGGUACUAAAAUGGCAUUAUCUUUUAUCAUUUUGGCUGGACUUUCGGCAGGUGUAUAUUUAAUAUUUUUAACUUACAUGAUAUGGAAAGUAUUUAUGAAUAUAAGUGUGAAAAGAGCUACAUUACCUAAUAUGAGUUCAGCACGUCGUUUACAUUACGAAGGUGUGAUAUAUCGUUUCAAAUUUUUGAUGGUUGCCACAUUAUUAUGCGCUUCAUUAACAGUUAUCGGAUUUAUACUUGGCCAGGUCGCAGAAGGACAAUGGAAGUGGGAUGAGGAAGUAGAAUUACAAAUGACAUCGGCAUUUUUCACUGGAGUUUAUGGAAUGUGGAACAUUUAUACUUUAGCAUUAUUAUGUCUGUAUGCACCAUCUCAUAAACAAUGGCCGAUUGAACCAUCAGAACACAGUAUUAGCGAAGAGAUUGAAUUUUCGCGGCUUCCUACUGAUCCCAACGAGAUGUUAUCACUCACAGCAUUUGCCCGAAAAACAGCUGUGGAAUAAACAUCUUAAGUACUUAUUCGUUAAAAAGUAGAAAAGAUCUGUAGAUUUUUCAGUAUUCACAGGAUAGUAGCAGAUACGACUGAUAAUAUUUAAAGCAUCAAUUUUACAUGCCAAAACUAUUUAUUAUUCCAAAUAUUUGGGAUUUUUAAUCUACUUAAAUGAGCUUUUAAGUUACUAUAUCGCUUAUAUAAUAAUGUGUGAUAUAUAAAAUUAGUAUGAAAACCCAUUGCUUGACGAAUUAGAUAAAAAAAAACAUUUCGAAAAGCACAAACUUUUUUCUUCCAGUAUAUUAGUGGAAGAAAUAGUGGAACAAAAAUGAAUUUGUAUACCUUAUACAAAAAUCUUUAUAAAAUUUAUACAAUUUUCAGAAAAAACAUUUUUUACUUCUAUAGUCGACAUUUGAAAAUUCCGAGAAAAUUUUUAAAUCUUAUAUCGUAUGAUGAUAUCACAAAAACAAACAGUAUACGAGAGAUCAUUUAUAAAUCUAUAAAAAAAGUUACUUCCCAGUAUUUGUUUAACUUAAUUAUAUUGCAUUAUAUGUGCAAUUAUAGAAUUUACAAAUGGUAUUAAUAUUUUUAAAUUAGCAGUUGAUGGAAUAUUUUAUAAGCAAUAUAUAGAAGUAAUAUAGAAAAUAGAAAUAGAAAAUAGAUCGAUCAUGUAUUUUUUAGUUCAUCGUAUUUUAUGAAUUUUAUUAAUUAAGAGAAGAACCCGUUCCGUCUUGUUAUAGUACAUAUCAUUGCCAGGCAAUUAUUAUAUCUAUAUUUAAUCUUUACAAACAUGCAUUUAAUCAUACAACAAUAUUAUAGAACAAAUUAGAAUUGAGAUUAUAUACAUAAACUAUAGCAGCAUCUUUCUCAUACUACAUAUAGUAUGUCAUGUUUUAUUGGUAUGACUUGCACAUUUCAUAACGUAGUUUGCACGUCGGAUUGAAUAUUUUAGAGAACACAAAUAUUAAUAAGAAAUUUCGUGCCAAUUCAAUUGAAUGUAAUUAUUCUGUUCUUUAUCACAUCUUGUCACGUUAUAUAAAUAACGAUUAUAAGUCAAUGGUAAUUACAUACAAUAUAUAUAUAUAUAUAGUACUUUGUAUUAUUAUAUAAUUUACACAUAACAAUUAGAAAUAAUUUAAUUUAAUGAAACAUUAUUGCAAGUCAAGUAUUCAGAAUUUUAUUCAAAGUGCAAUAUUGCUUCUUAUGUUUUAAAUAAGUUGCUUAAUAUUAACUAGAAUAUUAUGUAGAAUACUUGUAGAUGAGAUAAAAUUAUAAAGAACACUUAAAAGUUGGCGAUGUAUUAAGAUAUUUAAUACAUUUGUGUAUUUUUGGCAUGCAAAAUCAUUACAUUCAUUUGAUAUCAUUUUUUUUGACUGAUUUUAUAUACUUAAUUAUUAAUAUACUACAAUGCAGGUGGAACAAAAGUACAAUAUAUUUUAUUUUGGAAAUAAACUAACGAACAUAAACAUUUUAAGAAAUUAUAUAUAUUGUAUUUUAUAAUAGAAAUGAAAUUGUGUUUCAGGUAACACUGCGUUCAAUAUAAUGUGAAAUUUUGUCU